GAGGUAAUGGAGGAGAAUCUGAAGAGCAUGAAGGAUCGAAUGUCAUUACUGGAAGAAGAAAACAUGCAUCUUAGAGCCCGUGUGUCAGAGUUGGAAGGAAACAACAAUGUUUUUCCCACUAACGUGACACAACAGCGAUCCAGUGGGACACCUUUAUCUCCAAUGUCUCACACGCAACCAUCGAGUGAGACGCCUUUAUCUCCAAUGUCUCAACAGCCUAAUUUGACACAUGAGGAGACAAUGAUUGAAUCAGCUGCAUCUCCAAAGUCUCAACAAAAUGAGGAUUACACGCAACCAUCGAGUGAGACGCCUUUAUCUCCAAUGUCUCAACAGCCUAAUUUGACACAUGAGGAGACAAUGAAUGAAUCAGAUGAUGACACUCCUGCCCUUGAUACUCAAGUAUUCUCUCCUAAUCUGACAAAAGAGAAAGAAACAAGUGAGUCACCUGCUGAGAGGCCAUCCAAUCCUAAUCAAGAUGGAAAACCAGAUGAUGAGAUUGUGAGAGAGAAAUUAACAAGGGAGUCACCUGCUGCUCAGAGUCAAGUUUCGCAGAAAGAAACAGUGGAAAUGAAUGAGACACCUUCUUCUCCAAUAGCUCCAAAGAGUAUUGAAACUCCCGUUUAUACUCCAAGUCAGACUCAGCAGAUUGAGAGAGAGCCAUCGGAUGACACGCCUGCCCUUGAUAGUCAAGUUUUCACUCCUAAUCUGACAAAAGAGAGGGAAACACAAACCUCUACUGAUGAGACGCCACCCAAAACUAAUCAAGAAGAAGGAAAAACAAAUGAUGAGAUUGUGAUUGAGUCACCUGCUGCUCAGACUCAAGUUUUGCAAAAAGAAACACUGGAAAUGAAUGAGACACCUUCUUCUCCAAUAUCUCCAAAGAGUAUUGAGGCUCAAGUUUUUACUCCAAUUCAGAAACAGCAGACGGUAACAGAGGGAACGUAUGAGGCUACACAGCCAUUGACUGAGAUCAUUUCAGCAAACAAUAAAAAGGAGGAUACACAUGCUGUGCAUCACACACCUUCCUCUCCAUUGUCUUCACUAAUUGCACUAGUUAUUGAAGAAAAUAAGAAUGCUUUGAGUGAGACAGAAACUGCGACCCAAUAUUUUUCUCUAAGUGAGGGAGAGGAGACACAAUCAAGCAGAAAGAAUCAAGCAGAAGAAAAUCUCAAGGAUACUACAAAACAUACAACUGAGCUAGUUUCCACAGAUGUUUCGAAGACACAGCCUCUUACACAGCCUCUUACACAGCCUCUUACUCAGCAAACACAGCACCUUCAGACAAGUGAGGGAGAGCAAUCCGAUGAGACACCAUCAGAGCAGAAUCAAGCAGAAGAAAAUCUCAAGGAUACUACAGAACCUACUACUGAGCUAGUUUCCACAGAGCCUACUACUGAACCUACUACUGAGCAUGUUUCGAAGAUACCGCCUAUUACUCAGAAAACAGAGCAUCUUCAGACAAGUGCUAUAGAUUUUUCAGAAACAAACGAGGUUGAAGUAAGCAGGCUUCUAGCUCACUUUCAAAUAGGCGCAGAGGUUGAGAUUUUGUCUACUGAUGACGAAAUAUGGUAUCCAGGAAAGGUUGUUGAUCUUAAACUGUGUGAAGGACUAGAGGAGCUGACAGUUGAGUACACGACACUCUUCGCAGACCAACAUAGACUUCAGAAACUUCAGGAUACUAUCACGGCUGACAAAAUACGUCCUGCAACACCAACUAGUGACCAAAAAUCCUUUGAGAUGAUGGAUAAGGUAGAAGUCUUUUACAACAAUGGCUGGAGCAGCGGACAAAUUAGCAUGGUACUUGGUGAUAACACAUACUCGGUGUGUCUCUAUACUUCUAUGGAAACUAUUCUAUUCAAACAUUCAGAUUUGCGAAUUCAUAGAGAAUGGAAAGAUGGAGUCUGGAAGAUGGCAGAUAAGGUGAAGCCUGAUAAGAAAAGGAAAGCUGCUGCCUCAUCACAAAAUUCAGGAAUGGAUAAUGUUUUCCUAAGAAGGAGCGAGAGGGUGCCUAAACGAUCUAGAGACACAAAAACUCCAUUCAAGUCUGACAGAAAUCCGGCUUUAACUGUAAUACCUGAGAUUAUACCUGCAGUUGAUCCGUUUUCAACUCCUGCGGAACAUAAGCUUUCAAGGCUUCAAAAUUGGAUGACAUUAAAGCCCGGCAUGCAUGAAACGUCCCUAUCAAUCAAUGAUAAUAAGAUAAGGAAAUCUUUCUUUCAAAGCAUGGAAAAUGCAAAAAAGGACCUUAAGAAAGAGCACAUUGAUGGAGCCUUUGCAAUGCUAAAUUGCAGAAGAAAUGAGAAUGCUGCUUGGUUCCACAACUACAAGAUUCCAAAGGCGUGCUUCCUACCUAUGGAGUUCUUGCAUUGCUUGCUCUCUCAUGAUUUGGCUUACAAGAAAGAAAAGGUCAAAGGUAAAAAGAUUUUCAACGAUUUAUUUAAAGAUAUUGUAAGAGGGAAGGUAUAUCCAGAGAAGACAUGGGGAGAAGAUGUUGAUGUUGUGUAUGGGAUUACUCUUGGAAAAAAAAAGCAAUGUCUGGAUUGGGAUGGAAAUUCAUUUGAAGAAGAAAAGAAUCACAGUAUAUGAUUGUUUUCAAAAGGAAAGCAACAGCAUUGAUAUUCCUCAAGUGAAAAAGUUGGCAGGUAUGUAUAAACAAUUUGUAUUUGAUGUAUUCAACUGUUUCUUGGUUUGAAAUAUUCAACUGAUUCUAUCUUGAUAUUGAUUUUUAAAUAUGACAGUGUUGAUUUCUGAUCUGCUGGUGGAAUCUUCUGGUGAUGAGGUAGAUAAAGUGAAGAUGAUUCCAUUUGAGGUUGAGCAGGCACAAGGUUUACCCAAGACAAAACAUCCUUUCAACUGUGGGAUAUUUCUUGUCAAGAUUCUGGAGUGCCAGUCAUUGAAGAUAGGAGACAUGACAAAGAUUAAUGAUGACAAUGCAUUGGAGCUAAGGAGAACCUUGUCUUGUGAGAUCUUCAACCAAUUUGUGGAUGAGAGCUUUGGGAAAUGAGAAUGAUGCAUCAAAACAUUUUUUGUUUUAGUUAAGACUCGGUUUUAGUUAUGACUGUUUAUUUUGUUAUGUUGUUGGCGUCUGGUUACAUAAGAAAGAUUGGAAGGAUAUCAAGUA